AAUAGGGGAAACCUAUCAUAUAGCAAUUAUUAGCAGAUUAUAAUCAUAAAUCCUCUAAUAAUCUGUAUCCCUAGUGGCAAUAGCUGUCUCAACGACAAUUAUCCGCCCCCAUUUGGGUCCCACACGCCGCCGCCCACGCCAAAACGUAAAACAUUAACUACAACAUUUAAAAGGCAGUAACUUUAGAGCGGGAGAGAGGAUAAGCUGUGAGAUUUCGUGGUUUGGGUUUUUAAUGGCGGAAUUAAACAAGCAAGAAAAAGUAGUUGUAAAUGGAAACGAAGAAGAAGGAGAAGAAACGAGGUUGUUAGAAGGAAUGGCGGCGUUAGAUUUCGACAUGCUAUGUUCCACGGUGGCUUCUCAACAAACCCAAGGCAAAUGGAGGGAAAUUGAAAGCUCCGGGGAAGAAAACGCCGUCGGCGUUUUGAGGAUGUGGGAAGGUGAAGUUGUUCUUGAUUUCAUGUAUGACCGCCGUGUCGCUCUUGAAUCCGCCUGUUGCCCCUGCUACAGAUUUGGGAAGAACAUGAAGCGGGCUGGUUUUGGUUAUUGCCUUCUUCAGGGAACUGUUUAUUUCAUUCUUCUUGUUAGUGUGUUUCUCAACAUCCUUGCCUUUAUGGUCACCGACCGGAUUUGCUUCCUGUAUUUAGCCGUUGCUUUCACCGUAUCUCUCGGUGCGUAUUCGGGGUUCUUCCGUAUGCAAAUCAAAAGAAAAUUCAAUAUUAUGGGUACCGAUAACUUGUUAGAUGAUUGCAUCUACCAUCUAAUCUGCCCUUGCUGUACAUUAUCACAGGAAUCCAGAACACUAGAGAUGAACAAUGUCCAAGACGGUACAUGGCAUGGUCGUGGUGAUAUAUGCAUAGGAAGCCACAGCGAAGGGAACAGACCAUUCUUUGAGCUCCACCAUCCUCAUCCUAUAUCAAUUAAGAUUCCGGAGCCCUGCAGCAUGCAAAGCGGUUUAAAUGGUUUUCGAUAAAGUUCGAACACGAGAAGCUUAUACGACAUGACUGCGGGCCUAAAGGAUAUAAUCUUUUAACAUGAUAAAGGAAAAUGAAAUGGUUUUGCCAAUGUGGUAAGAAUCAGACCAAUUAGACUGCCGGUUCAAUAGUAAGUGGUAUCGGUUGAACCAUCAGUUAUUGAUUUAACCUAUCGGUUUGAUCCGAUUCUGACAACCACAAAGUUCUACAUGUUAUGGUAGUUGGGGGAGGGGGGGGGGUGGACUUCAGAUUUGGGCCAAUGGUAGUUAGAUUAGAUAGCUUUUUUGGUAGAUUUGCUUAAUGGUAAAAAUAUCAUGGAAAUUCUUGUACUAGGACUUACAUUAUAUUUUUAAGUAAAUUAAUUAUUGUAUAUUAGAUUAAACGCUAAAUUGAUCUUUUUAUUAAGAAUUUUAUCUAUUUGUAUUGUACGUCAACAUAAGAUACAUGUAGUAUGCCACAGUCAUUAUUUGGUUAUUCCAUUAGCUAUGUUAACUUUUAAUAAAAAUCAUCAAUUUACUA